CAACAAGCUGCCGUUGUCCCGCGGGCCGUGGGUCCGGCACACUGGGGCUUUGUCCGGCCCCCGCCGCGACCCACGGCCCCCACAUGACCCAGGGGGUAGGAGGAGCCUGCGGCGGUGGCGGCGGCGGCGGCUCCACCAUUACUUUCCUCCCGGGCCCAGGGGCGGCGGUCGGCGUCGGCCAGGCAGGGCGGGCCGGGGCCUCGGGAGCUGGGCCCCCAGAUCCUCCACGGGCAGCAGGCGCCGGGCCCGGGCCCUAAGGGCAGAAGUGAGCCGAACGCUCUCCAGGCGGCGAGCGGGGGCUGCGCCCGGACCCCCGCUCCGGGGAUCAUGGGGAAUGGCAUGACCAAGGUACUUCCUGGACUCUACCUCGGAAACUUCAUUGAUGCCAAAGACCCGGACCAGCUGGGCCGGAAUAAGAUCACACACAUCAUCUCCAUCCACGAGUCACCCCAGCCUCUACUGAAGGAUAUCACCUACCUUCGAAUCCCAGUGGCUGACACCCCUGAGGUGCCCAUCAAAAAGCACUUCAAAGAGUGUAUCAACUUCAUCCACUGUUGCCGCCUCAAUGGGGGAAACUGCCUAGUGCACUGUUUUGCAGGCAUCUCCCGAAGCACCACCAUUGUGACGGCCUAUGUCAUGACGGUCACCGGGCUAGGCUGGCGUGACGUGCUGGAAGCCAUCAAAGCCAAUCGGCCCAUCGCCAAUCCCAACCCAGGCUUCAAGCAGCAACUGGAGGAGUUUGGCUGGGGCAGUUCCCGGAAGCUUCAGCGGCAGCUGAAGGAGCGCUUCGGGAAGAGUCCUUUCCGGGACGAGGAGGAGAUGCGCGCGCUGCUACCGCUGUGCAAGCGCCUCAGGCAGAGUUCCUCCCCUUCGGCCGCCUCCACCACGCCGUCCUCCGGAGUCGCAGAGGGAACCCUCCAGCGCCUGGUGCCGCGAUCGCCCCGGGACAGCCACCGGCCCCUGCCGCUGCUGACACGCGUCAAGCAGACUUUCUCUUGCCUCCCGCGGUGUCUGUCCCGCAAGGGGGGCAAGUGA